GCGGAUCCAAAGCGCCAAGAAGCAUGGCGCCCGUGCCCGUGCUCGACAUCUGGCAGCGCUUCCAGCGCGCGAAUGGCCCGAUGCUCGAGGAAGACGCGCUAAAGGAGGUCGGCCUCGUCCUCGCCACCAAAGGUGCGACGCCCGACGACGUGGCGGCGAGCCUCACGGAGGCCAUCGAGCGCAUGGUCGCGACCGUGCAAGAGCCUGGUCCGCUCGGUGCAACGAACGCAACGCUCUUGCUGCUGCAGCUCGUCAUGCACACGUUUCACGGGCUCAAGGUCGCCAAGCGCUUCGAAUGCUUGGACGCGGCUAGCACGUCAUUGGUGCCGGCGCUGCUCGAGCUGCUCCUCGUCCUCGCGCCGGCCGACGGUGCCCUUUUCGCGGAUACCCGCCUCGUCAUCGAGACGGUAUCUUUUCUCAGCACGAUUCUCGUCGGCUACCAGCACGCGUCGACGCUGUACACGGCCCACCACGCGUCGCUUCUCGGCCUCGUCGAGACCUUUGGGUCGCACCCGAGCAUCGUGGGCACAGCCGUCGGCGCAACCACGUCGCAGCUCCUUGUCCAAACCGCACUCUGCCUCGUGCACGUGCACCGCGGGUGUCCCACUCUCAACGCGGCCUUGCUCAAAGCGCUGCUGUCGCACAUGGAGAACGUGCCCACGCCCCGUGCCACCGACAUUGAUGCGACGCUCCGCGAGUGCUCGUGGCUCCUCACAUCCGACCCAGGGUACCUUCCAAGCGUCGAAGGGCUCUGGACGAUGGACGAGUACGGCGACGUCGGGGGCCGCAGUCGAAACGCAUCCUCGCUCGUCUUGUCGACGGCGGCCAGCUGCCACGCCGUGCCAUUCACCGCCGCGCUGUACGACAAUGGAAAGAAAACGAUCGAGCUCUCGGGGGCGGCUGUUGCGCCGCUCGCGCUGCUGCAGGCACCGUCGACCGCGCCAGGACCCUGGUCGCUGGAAGGGCAGUGGCGUCAGCUGCUCGCAGACGACGCGCCGAACGCGAUGCAGCCGAUCGCGGUGGCCGUCGAGUGGGCAUGCAGUGCGUGCACCGUCGUGAACGCCGCCUCGGCCCUCAAGUGCACGACAUGCGGCACGGCCGCGCCGCCGCCGCUCCCGUCGUCGCUCCAGUCUGCCACGAACGGGAGCAACCCCGCGCCCGUGACUGCGUCGCUCCAUGAAUCGUUUAUGGCACUGCAGUGGAGUCGCGGCGAGCAAAAGGGCGUCUGGCUUGCCCGCAAGCAAGCGUUGACGCCAUCGCUGCAGUUGCCACCGGCCUCCGCCGUAUCGCCCACGGCCUACACCCUGCACGGCGACGUAGCACAGUGUCUCGCUGUCGAGAAGCCCAUGUCGGUCAACAGCCACGGCAGCACAACCAUCGAGCUGCACGUGCGCAUCGAAGCAACCGCCAGCCGCCAAGUCGUCUUGGCCAACGGCGAGUUUACGCUGGCCUUGGAGCCCACCCAGACGCUGGUCUGGACGUACGGGCAGCACGUCUUGUCGACGCCGCUCUCGUCCAGUGGCAGCCGCUAUCACCACAUUGCGCUGGUGCACGAUGAGCACGAGCUCAUCUUUGUACUCGAUGGCGCGGUGGCCGCCCGCACGCCGCGCGUCAAGGCCCACGAAGAUGGCGUCGCCGCCAAGAUCUUGGUCCUCGGUGCCGAGCCCACUGAAUUGAGCACGAUCUCGACACCGUCGUCGACGCAGUUGCCGGCGUCGGUGUAUGCCCUCGCGCACCCUAUGCACGGCUCUAUCGUCGAGCUCCGGGUGUGGGCCGUCGCCCUUGACCUCGGCACACUGCAGGCACGCGCUACGGCGGCGCUGCCGCAGACCACGCCGCACUUGCUGCUGUAUUUGCCGCUCGUCGGGUCCUCGGAGCAUUUGGUGAUGGACCACGGACCGUACGGCAGCCACGCGAGCCAGUACAUGCACGGAAGAUGGCCCGUUGCGCCGUCGCUUGCCGCGUUGCCCGUCGCGGCGCAUCGGUGGGGCGUGCUCGAGAGCUUUUUCCUCUACGGCGCCGUGCGUCACUGUGAUUCGUGGACGCUGGAGAGCGGGUCUGCGAUCUGGCACAGCGACGCGCUCGGCCUGCCGCACGCAGACGGGAUCUCGUUUCAAACGACCGUCGCGACGGCGUUUCCGACAGGCACCAAGGCGUCGAUGGCCAUCGCGCUGGCCAACGUCUCGUACUGGCAGCAGACGUCGCUGAUUGACGAAGUCUCGGCGCUCGACGCACCCACGUCGUCACCACCCGCGCUUUUGGUGCACUUGACGCAGCACGCCAACGACGCCGGUGUCGCGAUCGGCCUCUAUGUGCUCAAGGCCGGCGCGAUCCACUGCCUCAGCUUCGCGACGUCGCUCCUGCCGACGAUUCACGCGGCGCAGGUGACGUACGACGCGGCCCGCGGGACAUUCUCCGUUGCUCUCAACGACCGCGUCGUCUCGAUGGUGUCGGUCGACGUAGCGCUCGCCCUCGGGCUCUCGGCAACCUCUUCUCUUCGCGCCGGUCUCGUCGUGCCGCACACGUCAGACAUUGAAGACGCCGUGUCGAUUGGGAUUGGCGCAUGGCACCUGGCCUUGUCGCCGUCGUCGACGAUGACAACGUCGGCGCUGCGGGCGGUGUAUGGCCUUGUGGGGCUGCAGGACGACGUGCAUAUGACUGACGCGCACGCGUCGGCCACCGUGAGCUGCUCCAAGUACCACACGGACGGCAGCGCGAUCACGCAAGAGCUGUUUGGGUGCCAGAGCUGCAACACGAACCUCGUGUUUUGCAAAACGUGCGCGGCGUGGUGCCACGAAGGCCACGAGCUCGUCUGGAAGGGCAAGACGGCCGGCGCGUGCGGCUGUCGGUCGCGCGGCGCAGCGGCGUGCCACUGCCCCGAGCCCGUGUCGCUACCGACGGACCGGCCCGUGCUCGGUGAACCGACGUAUGGCCUGUGGUGCUGCCCGCAGUGUACCGUGAUCAACGCCGUCGACAAGGCCGUGUGCUCUGUCUGCGGGUGCGUCUCGCCCAUCGCCUCGCCGACGCCGCUCCAAGAUUUGCUCUCGCCGCUCUUGGAGACGCCGUCGAUGGCGGCCGAGUGGUCGUGCGACGCGUGCACGAUGCUCAACAGCGCCUCUGCGACCAAGUGCGCGGUCUGCGACACGGCCAAGCCCGGUGGUAGCUCUGGUAAUAGCAGCACGGCGCUGCUCGCCCUCGCGAGCGCCGCGUCCGAGACGAUCCAAACACCGUUGGCGUCCGGGCCGUGGUCGUGCGGUGCCUGCACGAUGGGCAACGAGGCGUCGCACACCAUUUGCCACAUUUGCGGCACGCCUCGGCCGAUCGAUGCCGUCCCGGUCGCCACGCCGGCGACGGCUCCACCGUCCCCGAUCAGCGUUGCCACCGCGCCGCCGCCAGUGCCCGUGUCGACCGCGCGCCUGGACACUCUGUUGUCGCUGCAAGCCCAAAAGAUGAUCCGUGUGCCACUGGACCUUGCCCCGUUUGCGACGGGCGCGACGACGUGGGAGACGACGGCCGGGCUCUUGGUGCUUGAAUAUGCACCGCACGACGCGUACAUUGGCGACCUUGUGACGGGGUCGUACGUUGAUGGCGAUGGCAGCCUCGUGGGCCUUCUCCAGCCACCGUCGUCGGCGACAGGCCCGCUCGAGCUCCGCGGGCUGUACAAGCCGUCGUUGACGAGUGUGCCCAACAGCUUUCUCUUCCAGAUUUCGCCCCAGAGCCGGCUCGACGGGCUGUGGUUUCGUGGCGACGGCGCGGGCCAGUGGCGCUGUACGUUCACAGCGAGCACGCAGCGUCUCCGCGGACUCAACGGCGCGCCGUUCUACUCGGGGCUGGUCAACAUGGCGCAAAACCUCACGAACGUGUGCUACCAAAACAGCUUUUUGCAAGCGCUCUUUAUGACGCGCGCGUGCCGUGACGCGCUGCUCUCGGCGCCCACGUCGCCCAAUGCGGUCGUGUCGACGCUGCAGUCGCUCUUUGGCCGCUUGUUGCAGUCGCAGGCGCCGGCCAUCGCGACGCAUGCGCUCCAGCGGUGCCUUCCGCCGACGUUCCAAGCCGGUCGGCAGCAAGACACGAGCGACUUUGCGAAUUUCAUCAUGGAAGCCUUGUCGGACGACGUGAGCCGCAUCUUUGGCGGAUCGCAGGCCUCGAUCCGGCGCUGCAAGGCGUGCGACCACACGGCGGUGACGCACGAAUACUUUUGGGAGCUCCUCCUCAACAUGAUCGAGCUCCGGUACACGCCGAUCACCGACCUCUCGGGCGUGACCGGCACGGGGCUCACGAUUCCGUGCCCGCUCGGCUUUGACCGUCUCAACUUUGACUUGAACAAGGACCGCACCAAUGCACCGUACGUCUACCUCUGCGUCAAGCGCGACGUACAGGCGACGCCAAUCACCGACAUCAUGAUCAAGGUGGCCGACGUGACCGAGCCCAAGCCGCAUGUACCUGGCUACACGCGCCUUGAAAUCGACUUGAACCUGGGCGGCAGCUCUGGCAUCAUCAAUUUGCUCUCAUCGCCCAUCCAGAAGGGCGCGUCAUCGUUGGAGGGACCGCGACAUGUGACCAACAACAGUGGUGGUGGCGGGAAGAAGCAGGUGUAUCUCUUUUACUCGCGGGAUCCCACGGGGUCGCCGAUCACGGACCUCAACGUGGUCUACGGCACCGACACGGUGCCCGACGGCUUCCGCGCGAUCCGCGUCGACCUCAACCAAGGCGACGGCACGCCCGUGUACCUCUGCUACCGCUCGGACAUGCCCAUCACGGACCUCAAGCUCGUGACCGAAGGCCGCCCGGGCUACAAGCUCCUCGACAACUCGUUGCACCUCGCAUCGACGGACCACCAAUACAUUGCGCACACGGAUGGCGGCCACGGCGCGUGUGUCACAGGUCUCCAGCUCGUGCCUGCGGCCGACGUGGACACGCGCAAGUCGGAGAAGUGGGAAGAUUUGGGCUUAAGACCGGCGCCGGCGAACGGCGCCAAGCUCAUGCUCCAGCGCGGCCACGGCAACCCGCUGUACGCGAUCGAGGUGUUUCGUGCUCCGCGCAUGGUGCCCAAGUUUUCCGAGUACGAGGUCAUCUCGCUGCACGCACCGGCGCCCGGGCCGCUCACAAUCGAGCGCCUCCAUGGGCUCUGGAAGGCUGGCGACGACUGCGAGCGCUCAAAGCGCGCGCUGCAGCUGCACCACGUGGCGCUUUCGCAAAACCAAAGCUUUUGCGUCCGGGGCUCGUUUGGCACAAAGGGUGUGGUGCAGGGUGUCUUGCAGUGGCUAGCGCCCAGCGGCACGUAUGUGCUGCACGGCCACUGGACGGACGCAACGACCAAGCACCCGCAAGUCGCGCACCUACUCUUCCGCGGUGACGCGUUGGAGGGCACGAUUGGCGAUGCGAAAACCAACAAGAACGUCGUUUUGCGCGGUACGCACGUGUCGUCGACGAUGACGAGCCAGCACCCGGUCACGGACCUCUUGCUCGUCCGCAAGUCGAGCGCGACUCCGCUGCCGCCGGGCGUGGCGCUCGUGCCGACGCCGAUCCACGGCGAUUUGCACUUGGCAGUCCGCCGGGACCCGAACGCGCCGGCCAUCAAAGACGUGUGCGUGGUCUACGGGGACAUUGACCCGAUCCCAGACGACUAUGUGUGCCUCCACACGACCUUGCACGGGACGUCGGGCAACCUGAACGACGGCGCGCACGCCGUCCCGCUCUUCAUUUGCUUCAAGCGCGAUGCCAACGCCGCGACAUUAGGCCUCAUGGACGUGGGUAUUGUAUCGGGCAGCGACGUGCCCGAAGGCUACACCAAGAUUGGCCACACGCCGCUGGGCAUGGAAGCGAAUCUGCAGCCGGGCAAGCCGCUCUUUCUGAUCUACAAGCGCGGCGCGAGUGCCACGCCGAGGGUUGUCGAGCACCCGCUCAACGGCCAGUUUGACACGUCGCUUUGGGGACCGCUCCAGCUGACGGUCGUCGAGGCACUGCCAUUGGCAUACGACGUCGUUGGCAAGUUUGGCUUUACGCUACACGGGAAUGCGGCGGCCAACGGUGCAAUGCGUGGCAUCCUGUACCCGACGACCGCCGACGCCACGAGCUUCCACCUUGUCGGGUACUGGGAGACGACGUUUGGGACGCACAACUCACUUUCGUCGGCCACGUACUCGCCGCUGACGCCGCUGCAUGCGUCGACGCAGCCGAUGGAGCUGCGGUUUUCGCUUGACGGAUCGAUUCCAGUGGCGUCGGGCUUUUGGGCGCUCGGCAACAGUGACGGCGGCAAGUGGGCGCUUGUCCAUGAUUGCUACGUGCACAUUGGCUUCAAGAAGGACUAUGGCUCCGAGUGGGCGAAUGGCGCGCUGCAGACGUCGGACCGCGUCUCGUCGCACGCGCUGCCCUCGCUGCUGCGGCGGUUCGUGUCGCCACGGACUUUGGGUGGGGACUUUACGUGCGGCCAGUGCCACGCCCGCGCCGAGUCGCGUGUGCACUCGACGAUCGUGUCGCCGCCGAGCCACUUGAUUCUGACGCUCAAGCGCAUGCACUACGACUGGAAGCUCCAGAAGACGUGCAAGAGCCUCCACGAUGUGAGCUUUCCGCCUUGCCUGGCGCUGCCGCCGCUCGAGGCAGCCGACGCGGUGGUGCUCGGCGCGUCCGAGGACGACCUGCCGCGCGGGUACGGCUUGUACGCGGUGCUCGUGCACAGCGGCGUGAGUGCCAACUCGGGGCACUACUACUCGUACUGCCGCGACUCGUCGAGUGGCCACUUGGACCUCAACGACGACGACGCGGCGCCGUGGAUCAAGUUUAACGACACGACGCUGGCCGUCUCGAGCUGGGCCGAGAUGAACCAAGCGAUGACAACGUCCGUGUCCGACUCGGUGUACCUCCUCUUUUACAAGCGCCUCGACGCUCACCAGUCUCUCGGCAACAACCUGGAGAAUGAAGAAGAAGAAGCCAAGUCGGAGGACGAGGAAGCUAUGCUUUUGGCCAAAGCCAUGGCACUCUCCAUGUCGUCGACGCAGGCCGCGCUCGAGUCGCUCGACCACGUGGUCGCGUUCUCGCCGGCGACGCAGGGGCUCAUCCAAGAGAUUGAAGCAGAGAACACGGCCCGGAUGCUGGCGGCGCAGACGAGCGAGGUGGCGAUGGACGAUCUCCAUACGGUCGUCCGCGCCAUGUCGAGCGUGCCCGAACCCUACAAGGCGGCGUUGGAAGCGGCGCUCAUCUAACAGGAAGGAACCUUUGUAUCUGCAAA